AUGCACAGGUCAGGUCGGCUUCGCCUGAGGCCGUGGCUUGAGGAGCAGAUUGAGUCUGGGAAAUACCCAGGAGUCACAUGGCUGGACCAGUCAGCCCAGAUCUUCCAGAUCCCCUGGAGACACGCUGCUCGUCAUGGCUGGAGUAUCGACCAGGACGCCACGCUGUUCAGGAGCUGGGCCAUGCACACUGGGCGCUACCGGCUAGGCAGGGACAAACCUGACCCCAAGACGUGGAAGGCUAACUUCCGCUGUGCGCUCAACUCCCUGACGGACGUAUGCGAGCUGCAGGACCGCAGCCGCAAAAGAGGACACCUCGCAUCGAGGGUGUACCGCAUGCUGCCGCCCACGACGCCGCAGACCACUCCGCCACGCACUCGUAUGCACAACACAGGGACCCAGUUGCCUGUUGGAUAUAGAACAGGACGUACAUUUGUGGCAGCCAGAAGCACCAAUGAGACACAGGCUGUCCAACCUACGCCCGCCUCCCCGUUGUCCUCCACCAAUCCAAACCCAGCCGAGAGGAACACCUCUGCCCUGGAGCUGUGGGGGGGAAGGAGCGACCAGCAGGAGCAGACUGAAGCAGUGUUUAAGCUGAUGGACCAUUUCAACAGCACUGAACUCUGGGACCAAACAGGAGAGCAGAACGGGUGGAGAGCUUACACACAGAGAAACCACUGGCACUGUGACAGUGAGGACUUUCUCCAAACCCACUACUCAGAUAUCUAUCCAUGCUGGACUGAAUCCAGCAACUCUAUUGGACAACAACACUGUGACAAGGCAGUGGGCACUGAUUGGUCCACACCACAAUAA